CUGCGGUAUAAGAUCGAGGGCCAGGACCCACUCUCAUCCUGGAUCGCGGGCCCCUCUGGACAGAGCAGGAAGGUCACGGCUGCUAUGGAGCCCAAGGUGAUCUGCGUGUUGGUGCUGGUCUUCGCACUGGCUGUCAGCAGCCUGGCGCAGGUCGAGACUGAGACGUGUCAGGUGGAACCCCAUCAAAGAAAGAAUUGCGGUCACCCCGGCAUCACGGCUAAGGAGUGCAAAGAUAAAGGCUGCUGCUUUGACAGCACUGUCCGCGGAGUCCCGUGGUGCUUCCAAACUGCGCUCUUGGAGGAAGAGUGCGAGUUUUAGAUACUUUUCCGGUAGAAAUGGCACUGGAGUGAGAAGGACGUCUGCCUGGUGCCAGGGGCUCAGCCCCAUCGCUGGCCGGAUAUCUUGGGGGUCCUAUGAACCUGAACUCCCUGCCUGGAUUGACUGCUCAGAUUCUUUGUAUUCCAAAUUAGCCUAAAAAUUAAAAGAGAUGAAUGGUC